GCCUUGUCUUGGCGGACCUCGAGGACCUCGGCGUCGCAGCAGGGACAACGAUCACGCUCGAGCUGUAACACAAUUAUCAGGCAUCGCUCGCACCGCAUGAACGCCCGGACUCCAGCAUGAUCUCUUGUGCACAGCACCAACAAUGAUGCGAACGGUUUGGUUAGAGCAACUCGUCAAUCCACGACAUGGCCGCUGCAGUGUCUCCUCAGACGAGGCCCCGCGAAGACCAAACACCCAAAAAGUCGCCCACCGAGCCUAAUGUCCUGAAUGUCGUGUUGGGAAACAUCCAGAUCAAGCCAUGGUAUCCGUCGUUUUAUCCCGAAGAUCUUGUCGGCAGGAAGGCUGAACGCCUCUACGUUUGCGAAUGCUGCUUCCGCUACUCGAAAGAGCUCAUGCCAUACCUAGCUCACAGAAGGGUCUGUCCGCUCAAAGACUCGCCGCUGCCAGGGACUCUGAUUUACCAGACGGGCGACCAAUCAAUAUAUGAGAUUGAUGGUGAAGAGCACAAGCUGUAUUCGCAAAAUCUCUCCUUGUUCGCCAAGCUCUUCCUCGACACGAAGUCCGUCUUCUACGAUGUCACCACAUUUCGAUACUACCUCCUCGUGCUUACGGAUCCGCAGACGGCAGAGAGACAUGUCGUGGGCUUUUUUAGCAAGGAGAAAAUGAGCUGGGACAACAACAACGUGGCUUGCAUUCUAGUCUUUCCUCCGUGGCAGAAACGCGGUCUGGGUCAGUUGCUUAUGGGCGUGAGCUACGAACUCAGUAGACGCGAAGGCAGACUCGGUGGUCCUGAGAAACCCCUAUCGAGUCUCGGAAGAAAGGCCUAUCUGGCAUACUGGUCAGCCUCGAUCUGUAGGACCAUCUUGUCAGAUCCUUCGAAUCGAUCAUGGACCGUAGACCAGAUCGUUCAGCAAACUUGGAUUGCUCCCGAGGAUGUGGUCAUGACCCUGAGCGAAACGGCCAUGAUCGAGCCGAACAAAUUGCCCGAUGGAUCAGUCGUGUUGGUCAGGGGCAAGAUCGAAACCUGGGUGAGGGCACAGGAGAUUGCGGCAACGACACCAGCCAUCGAUACGAAGGCCUUUACUCAGCAUUUCCGUGAUCAAAAACACGAGCACGAGGUCAAGAGACGAGACUAAGCAUGCAGGUCUGAGAAGAAAAGGAAGACGCAUUUCGCAUCCAGUUCCACAUUUGCAAAACACAGGUGAUUCUUGUUUCAAUUUCGAAACCACGGCCCCUCUGCGUGUAUCAAUCUGGUAGCUUCUUCACCGGUCUCCGAAUGGGUGUGAGCUGCAGGCAAGUUAAUAUGCGCAUGUCGACAGACCUCAGUAGACGCUGAGUGGAGCCACCCUCGCCGUCGGCGGUUACUUGCACGAGGAACUAUUCAUCCUCUAUGCACGACAUUGACCGUAUGGAUCUUUGAGUUUGACAGUUUCUAGAAGCAAUCCAACUAUUGCGUAGUAUGUAGGAAAAAGCUCGUCGUUA